GCGCCAAACCCAAACUCUUUACGCACCGCGCCGCCGCUUCACCUUCACCUUCACCUGUCCCUCCUCUUCCUCCUCCUCAUCAUCCUCCGGUUCCCUCCACCGGAUCAUGGCUUAACGUUUCCCGGUGCAGCCAUGUCCUCAUCCCCGGUGCUCGCAGGGAACCGAUCCGCCCUGGAUGGCCUCCGUUCCCGUUUCCGCAUUCCCGCAGCCGCCGUGCGCACUGCAGGCGCGGAGCUCCGGUCGGUGAUCUGAACAGAAAAAACCGGUUCCUCCGGCUAAUCUGGCCGCGGGCUGCUGGCGGGGCGAUGCUUCCGUCCGCAGGCAGAGACGGAACCCGGAGCACCGAGCGGCCGCUGACCGACAGGCCGGUUUCCGAUCAGCGUAUCGAUCCGUGAUCAGCUCCGCGUCCCGGGAUGGAGGACUGCUGCCGCUACUGCAUGCCGUGCCUGGGCCGGCUCUGGAACUGGAUCUGGCCCGAGUUCCGCUACCCGAACGUCCCGAACCACAGCAGCGGCGACGUGAUCGAGAACCCGGCGACGGAGGCGGCGAGGAUCUCCACCGUGUCCGGGGACGUGAGCGUCCCGUCGCCCAAGAAGCGGCCGGUGCAGCUGUACGCGGCGCUCUUCGACUUCGAGGCCCGCAGCAACGACGAGCUGACGGUGAAGGAGGGCGACAAGCUGUCGGUGAUCGAGAAGCGGGGCGACUACGUGCUGGCCAAGAAGCUCACCGGAUCCCUGCAGUCCGGUCUCAUCCCCGCAAACUACGUCGCGCUGCUGCAGGACGAGUUCGCCAAACACAAGUGGUAUUAUGGGAACAUAAACCGUGUGAAAGCUGAGAAGCUGCUGCUGGCUUCCCAAAACAAAGAUGGCUCCUUCCUGGUUCGCAUCAGCGAGAGUCACAGUGACGAGUACACCAUCUCUGCUCGCAGCGAGGGGAAGGUCUACCACUUCAGGAUCCAGCGUUCGUCCAUCGGGGCGUACUUCGUGUCUGAUAAGAUCUCCUUCGCCACGCUGGGAGAACUGGUUUCCUAUUACCAGAAGAACCCUCGAAGCCUCGGAGUUCCUUUGGAGGAACCCUGCGCCCAGCAGAGGGAGCUGUUCGACAUGGAGCCGUGGGAGAGGCCCAGAGAGGAGUUCAAACUGACCAGGAAGCUGGGAGAAGGACACUUUGGACAGGUGUGGGAGGCUCUGUGGAGCUCCGAGAACAAGAAGGUGGCCAUCAAGAUGCUGAAACAAGAGGACACCAAGCAGGAUGAGUUUGUGAAGGAGGUCCAGGCCCUGAAGAGCCUCCACCACCCUAAACUCAUCCAGCUGUUGGCCAUGUGCUCCAGAGGUGAACCCGUCUACAUCAUCACCGAGCUCAUGAGCAAAGGAAGCCUCAAGUCCUACCUCACCUCCGCUGAGGGCCAGGUGCUGACGUCGGCUCACCUGAUCUACAUGGGCAGCCAGGUGGCGGAGGGCAUGGCCUACCUGGAGGACCGGAACAUCGUCCACAGAGACCUGGCAGCCAGAAACAUCCUGGUGGGAGACGACCUGGUCUGUAAGGUGGCCGACUUCGGUCUGGCUCGGAUCAUCAAGGACAGCGUCUACACAGCCAGUCGCAGCACUAAGAUCCCGGUGCGAUGGACGGCUCCAGAGGCGGCCAUCUACCAGCGGUUCUCUGUGAAGUCAGACGUUUGGUCGUUUGGAGUGCUGCUGUACGAGAUGAUGUCACGAGGAAAGAUGCCUUACGAAGGUAAAAGCAAUAAGGAGGUGCUGGACCUGCUGUCGUCGGGGUUCCGGCUGCCGUGUCCGACUCGAUGUCCUCAGAACAUUUACCGCAUCAUGAUGGACUGCUGGGCCGCCGAGCCCUCCAAGAGACCGUCCUUCCACGCCCUGCACAGCCAGCUGGACUCCAUCUACGCCCGGAUCUAUUUCAAAUCCAUCGAGGUGUAGAAGCGGGACGGUUUAAGACUCCAGGAACAUGAAGGAAAGAACCGGUGAUGACGGCACAACAGGGUACUUUAAAAAACACAGAGACGUGAAGAGACAGAUGGUGGAGAAGUGAAAUAAAAGGAGGAAAAACCUGAAAUAAAGCUGAGGAAUUGUUGGUUUCUCAGGCUGAAAGAAGGACCUGAGUAUAAAUGAACACUGAAGCCCUGAGCACAUUCACAGAACCAACGGUUUUUAAUUUUCUACCCUCCUUUUGUGUUUUCUAAACGACGGUGUAUUUCUUCUGUACGUGCCAUGUUUGAAUGAAUCUUUGGACUGCAAACACCAGAGACGUGGAGUUUAUGUGCAAUAAUGAAUGCUUGCUGGGUUCUUAGUAGCAGAUCCAGACUAGAUAUCUAAUAUAUGGACUGAUUGUCAGCAUAUUUAGUCCCACUGAGGAAUAAUCCGGGGAUUCCACGAUUUUUCAUCACAUUUUGUAAUGAACAGUCUCUUAUUCUGAAAUGACGACCAAUGAGCUUCAGCUGUGGUUUGAAGUUAAAGGACGGACCAGAGUUUUCCACCAACAGAGAGCUGUUUCAGUUCACAUUUAGCUUUAAGACGCACUCGAACAAAUCGUACAACAGUUUGGGUCCAAUGUUUAUCUGAUGAGAAGGUUGAUGCCACUUAAGUGUCUUUAUUAGCUAAAGAGUUGAACAUAGUCUGAGUCCAGAAGACAUAGAAGAACUCAGAUGUGUUUUUCCUCCUAAAUGUCAUGGUUCUAUCUGCUGGACUGAUGAAGUUCUGAGGCUCAGAAAUGAUGGAAAAAGUCCAUUAAAAAGUGAUAAAUCUGGACCCACCUCUAUGGACUUCAAGGACCUGGAAUGUUCUAAGUGAGACUAAACUUAAAGACUGGAAGCAGGAAAGGAGAACAUCCCCUGGAGAAAGUUCUAGAGUAGACCUACUGACAACUGUAGAAAGUUCUAGAGUAGACCUACCGACAACUGGAAAGAUCACUGAUUAAUACCUGCUAUCUUGUUUUUUAAGCCUGUACUUCAACAGAAAUACAAAUACAACGAUACAAAUUAUGUAAAAUAAUAGAAAACGCUGCAGUAUCACCACAAACAACAUGUUAAAUCACUACAAUGAGUCAAAAAUAACCAUAAAAGGAUGCAAAAUUAGGACAAAAAAAACUGCAAAAUAUCCAAAACAGGAAGUAGAAUCACAACAAAUGGUCCAAAUUACCACAAAGACACAAAAUAACCACAAAAAAGAUGCAAAAAUAACUAAAAACAGGAAGUAGAAUCACAGUAAAAACUCAAAGUUACAACAAAGACACAAAACCACAACUAAAAAAUGCAAACUAACCAAAAAAACAGGAAGUAGAAUCACAACAGAGUCCAAAUUACAUCAACAACUCAAAAUAACCACAAAAAGAUGCAAAAUAACCAAAAAAUAGGUAAUAGAAUCACAACACAGUCCAAAUUACAGCUAAGACUCAAAAUGACCACAAAAAGAGGCAAAAUUGCCCAAAAAAAAAAAGCAGGAAGUAAAAUCAAAAUAAAGAGUCCAAAUUACAGCAAGGACCCAAAAUAAGCACAAAAAAUGCAAAAUGACCAAAAAACAGGACGUAGAAUCACAACAAAGAGUCCAAAUUACCACAAAGACUCAAAGUAACCACAAAAAGAGGCAAAAUAACUUAAAACAGAAAGUAGAAUGACAACAAAGAGUCCAAAUUACCAGAAAGACACAAAACAACUAAAAAGCACAAAAUAUAACCAAGAAACAGGAAGUAGAAUCACAACAAAGAGUCCAAAUUACAGCAAGGACCCAAAGUAACCACAAAAAAUGCAAAAUAACCAAAAGCAGGAAGUAGUAUCACAAUAAAGAGUCCAAAUUACUAUUAAAGACACAAAACUAUUACAUUUUAAAGAAUUAUUUGAUAUAUGAAGCUAGAAUUUCACAGAUACUGAUUUAAAUCUUCAUAGUUUCUUCACCGUUUCCUCAAACAGAAUCAGAAUGCUGUGAACAUUGAGUUGUUAGAGUUUCUGCUGAUUGGUUGGCAAGAAGACUGUUUCCUUGUGCUUUUGGUUGUUAUGCUAAGCUAAGCUAACUACCUGCUGGUUGUAUUUAACACGCUGACAUCAGAGUGGCAUCAAACUUCUCAUCUAACUCUUCUUAAAGAGGCGAUGUUACCCAAUGGUUUAAUCACCGUCUUUAUGCUAACAAGCCUGAAAACUUGCCUCAUGGAAGCACGUUAACAUGCUAGCCUUAGCAUGUUAGCAUGCUGAUCAGCAUACAUCAGUAACAUGCUGAAGGAGAACAAAAAGCCUGAGAGGUGCUAACAUGCUAACACUGUUCCACUAAUGCGACUAAAUGAUCUCCACUCUGGCGCCACUCUCAGGACAAACUUCAAGCGUCUAAGCGUCUACCGGGUUUAUUUUCUGUCUUCACUGUUGGUCUUUCAGUGUUUUCUUCAUUCCAGCUUCUGUUACAGGGAUUUAGGAGGAUUUUAGACAUUGUGUCUCCAGAAUAUUCUUCAAAUCGUUUUCGUCCUCAUGAGAUAUAUUUAGUGGCGGAGCUUUAAAAGCCGGCGCGCCACCGUGCCAUGUGUCCAGGCCUUACGUCACUAAAGGCCACAAUAAAGGCCAGUUACAACUAGAGUGCCUAUGUUUACAAUGCUGACUCAAAAAAACUACAAACAUGGACUAGAAGGACUACAAACAGACCUGAAGGGGUUGGAUUUGUGCACCACACCACGAUGUCGCACUGUGCAACGCAACCUGAGAACGGCGCAAAUCUAACUCGGGUCUUUUAUGCAUGAAGUUCACAGCAGACGAAGCCAAGUUCAGGAAACUUGAGCCAUAAUCAUCAAACCACCAGUCGGAGUUUGUUUGUUUGUUUGUUUUCACCUGGAUGCAAUCAGGAACCAAACACCAGUAAUGCAAAGAAUAAAGUAUUUUAAGUAUUGUUUUGAAA